AUGGGCAAGUCAACCGACUCUGACCUCGUCAUCUCCAACGCUCAGACAAACGAAGAGUAUAGAGAUGAAUCAUACCAGAUUCCAAAGAAUACAUCAUUGAUUGUAAGGAGAGUGCCAAUUACCAAUGCACCAAAGUCUGGUGGACAUGGAGGAAUGCCAAGUGGAAAUAAUAUGACACCAGUGAUAUCCAAGCCUGUUGCCCUCACACCCGCUCCCCUUGUGGCCAAGGACAGCUCGGGUAUGCCAGACGACGAAUUGGCCAAUGAUGAGAAUGCCAAGAUCAACGCACUACUAUCAACACAUGCUGGAUUGGGAGCUGACCGUCCACACAUGAGAGAACAUAGACCACAUAACUCAUUCCCAACUGAUGGACGUAUUGUCGCCCCACCUCCAACUUAUAUAUGUCACCGUUGCAAUCAGCCUGGACACUACAUCAAUCAGUGUCCGACCAACGGCGAUCCAAACUUCAAUCAUCACAAGUCGAAGAAGGCAUCGGGCAUCCCCAAGAUCUUCCUCAAGCCCGUCCAGAACCCAGGCAGUGCCGCUGGCUCAUCCACUGUGCUCAUGCCAGGUGGCGGUGUGGCCGUCGUACUGACACAUGAGUCUGAGUUUGCCAAGUUGGCCAAGUCAAUCAUAUCGUCCGAGGUGCCUGGCGAGGAGGACAACCAGGGUGAGUCCGUCUCGGGCACAUCAUCUGCCAAAGGUCCAGCGCCUGCAUUCCCAUCAACAUGUAGCCAAUGCAAGAACCAAGUCGAUCUGACCUCCUACUUUGUAUCGCCAUGUUGCAACAAGCAGUUCUGUUUCCAAUGUAUUAAGGAGUAUAUUAAGAAGGUGACUGAUGGAGACGUGGCAAAGAAGCCAUUGUGUCCUGACUGUUUCACAACAAUGGACGUCGAUCAGUCAAGGAUGGAGGAGUACGAGUUGAAGUACCGACCAGUUGAAAAGAAGAGGCCUGCCCCCGAGCAGGAGGAGUCGGCCACUACCACCACCAAUGAUGACAAUCAAUCAAGCAAGAAGCACAGGACUGAUAAUGACACUAGAGUAGAUAUCUAUAAUAAACAAGCGCCACAACAACUGACGACAUUGGACAUGCUUGUUAACACGACUACCCUUCCACCCUCCCUUCCCCACCUCAAUCACAACAGGACACAAACCAGCAGUCGACCAAAGACCAUAGAAGUAGCAGUAGCAGAAGGAGGAGUGCAGAGCGCUCUGGCCGUGACAGCCGUGAUCACCGAGACAUCAACCGUGACCAUCGUGACCAUCGCGACCAUCGUGAUCAUCGGGACAGCAAAGACCAUAGAGACCACAGAGACAGGUAUUCCGCUCCAAUGGAGAGCCGUGACAACAGAGACCACAGAGACCACAGAGACAGAGACAGUAGAUCGUAUGAUCGCGAGAGAGAGGCCUUAA